AUGUACACACCAGGAUUCCGUGUACACCAGGACCCGCUUUCCUGUGCGAGAUCCAGUGUGAGGCCCGACAGGCGUAGGUGUAUAGAGUUCGGCUCCUUAUCUGGGACCUCCCCCCCAUCUCUCUCCCCGUUCAUCCCCCUGCUCCCGUUUAUCCCCCCCCUCGUGCACACGCCGCGGAGGCGGUCGAGACAGGCGCCUCCGGCCGCACAGCCAAGGCCGAGCACCCUCACGACCGACCAGUCGGCUACCACCGACGACUGGGACGUCAACGGCAGCCCGCCGCCGCCCGAGGAACCGCCGCCACGACGACGACGACACCGACAGCCACGCAGAAAGCGAGGAACUCUGGGCGGAGUGCAGUCGACGGUCGAUACGUCCAGUGGGCCCUGGGCAGAAAGCGAGGAGCUCUGGGCGGAGUACCGAGGAGCUCUGGGCGGAGUACCUCGUGCAGUGGCAAAGCAUUGCUCGUCGGGAGACAGAACAGCGCCAGCUGCACUGGAGACUGGCCGCACGAGUGGACGCAGCGGGCUCUGCAGUGGCACCCGACCCACGCGUCGACAAGGAGAGCACGCUGGAGCCUCGGUGGUCAACACAAACGGUGGGGUGGCGAGAGCAGGGCAUGCCUUCGCAGAACUGUUUUGGGCGAGAACGCGCUGGGGGAGCUUACUCACAGAAG